AUGUCUGAUUCCGCCGUCCUACAAGAUAUUAUUUUAGAACAAUACCUAUGGUAUGGCUUCUUGUUAUGGCAGGCAAUGUCAAUAUAUGUAGAGAUGCCCGGGACAGUCAGCAAUAAUUCUUGCCGUGUCGUUGAAUAUACGUAUCCUGUGUUAGAAAUCAUCACAGUGGCUAGCACCAGCUGGCGGCUCUGGACAUUUACGAGGACAUCAUCGACAUUCCAGUAUCCACUAUGGGUUCAAGUUUUGCAGGAUUGUCUCGUUGUGCAUCUAGUGAAUCGUCUGAAUCCGUUUUACACAGGAAACUCUCGUCCCACCUUGUCUCAUCUUACUUGGGAAUAUAUUGCUCUUAUACUGGAUUGGCAGAGGUAUAUUCUUGGUGGUGGCAGCAAGUGGCUCUCUUCAGAUUUCGUUUGGGGUGGUACUCAGCGAAUUCAUGGGACCAUUUUUAAAAGGAUUCCCAAUCUCUUGGCCAACCGUUUAUUCCUCAACCUCAGAACCCACCAGAAUCCACGAUACGGGCUUUCCUCGAAUGACCCAACUCUACCCGCUCCCUCAUUGGCCCAGAAUCGUCCCAAUCGCUUCCUCGGCAACAUUGGUGAACCACUUGACUAUGACCAAUGGGAUGACUUUUUGGAUGACGAGGAUGUCCAUGAUGAAGCUGCAGGGAAUAACACGGAUUCAAAUAGAGCACAGGACCCUUUGAUGACCUUUGUUCCAGUCGUGUAUGAAGGACCAGAUGCAAUAAAUAUCGAGAUGGUCCCUAUGCAAAGAGAGCCAGAGCCAGUCGCUGGUCCAUCCAAUGUGACGGAGAUAGCUUGA